AUGACUGUACCUAACUAUAGUAAUUAUCCUGCAAAUGUCGGUAUCUUGGCUAUGGAAAUGUAUUUCCCUAAGAGAUGCGUUAUUCAAUCAGAAAUGGAAAGCUUUGAUGGUGUAAGUGCCGGUAAAUAUACUAUUGGUCUUGGUCAAGAAAAGAUGGCUUUCAUUGAUGAUCGUGAAGAUGUUCAAUCUAUUUGUUUGACAGCUGUUCAGAACUUGAUGGAAAAGUAUAACAUUUCCUAUAAUGAUAUUGGUCGUCUCGAAGUUGGUACUGAAACUAUUAUUGAUAAGUCCAAGGCUGUUAAAACAUGUUUGAUGACUUUGUUCUCCGAACAUGGCAAUACCGAAAUUGAGGGCAUUGAUACUACUAAUGCUUGUUAUGGUGGUUUCGCUGCUUUCUCUAAUGCUAUCAAUUGGAUUGAAUCUUCCUCUUGGGAUGGUCGUUAUGCAAUUGUUGUUGCUGGUGAUCUUGCCCUUUAUGCCUCUGGCCCUGCUCGUCCUACUUCGGGUGCUGGUUGUGUUGCCAUGUUGAUUGGUAAGGAUGCCCCUAUUGUUGUUGAACGUGGUCUUCGCUCUACACACAUGGAACAUGCUUAUGACUUUUAUAAGCCCGAUAUGCAUUCUGAAUAUCCCAUUGUUGAUGGUAAAUUCUCAAAUAUCUGUUACCUUCGUGCUUUCGACUCUUGUUAUCGUCGUUACAUGGCUCGUUUAGGUAAACUUGAAAGUAAGGAUAAGCCUAGCAUGGAUGAUGUUGACUAUGUUGUUUGUCAUUCUCCUUAUGCCAAGUUGGUGAACAAAUCUUUUGCUCGUGCUUCAUACAAUGAUUUCCUUUUAGACACUGACAACGAGAAAUAUGCUGCCCUUAAGCUUUUCGAAAAGAUGUCUUAUGCUGAUUCUCUUGAAAGUAAGGAUUUGGAAAAGACUUUGAUGGCUAUGACUAAGGCUAGUUAUGCUCAAAAGGUGGGUCCUGCUGCUUAUGCUCCUAAGCAAAUUGGUAAUAUGUAUACUGCUGCUGUCUGGGCUGGUUUAGCUUCUCUUAUCUCUGAGGUCGAGUCUGAAACACUUCAAAAUAAGCGUAUUCUACUCUACUCUUAUGGCUCUGGUUUAGCUGCCUCUAUGACUUCUUUCCGUGUUUGUGGCUCUACUGAUGAAAUGAAGAAGAAAUUGAAUCUUCGUGAGCGUCUUGAAGCUCGUACUCAUGCUAAGCCUGAAGAAUUUGCUGCUGCUAUGAAGCUUCGUGAAAACACCCACAAUGCCUGUAACUUCAAUCCCAGUGGCAGUCUUGAUAACAUUGCUUCUGGUACUUACUAUGUUGAGAAAAUUGAUGAUAAAUGGAGACGCUUCUAUCAGCGUAAGGAUUAA